GUCCUCGCCGUGGCCAGCUCCGCCGCCGCCGUCACCGCUGCUCCUCCCUCACGAUCGGAGUGCCUCAACAACCCGCCGGAGCUGACGGCGGCGGCGGCCGGCGGCGGCGAGGCCGGCGUGGUCGUCCACGGCCUGGCGGGGCGGUUCGAGGCCUACGUGACUGGCCCUGUCCACUCCAGCCGCGUCGUCCUCUUGGCCACCGACAUCUUCGGAUUCGGAGCGCCAUUGCUGAGGAAAAUAGCAGACAAAGUUGGUGAAGCCGGAUAUUACGUCGUGGUGCCUGAUUUCUUCCACGGACAACCUUACACAUUUGACCUGAACCUCACAGAAUGGCUCACUGCUCAUUCUCCGGUAAAAGCAGCUGAAGAUGCUAAAUCAAUCUUUGCUGCUCUAAGGAAGGAAGGGAGAUCUGUUGUUGGAGUUGGAGGUUACUGUUGGGGAGGAAAGUUUGCUGUGGAGGUAGCAAAAACCAAUGAGGUUGAAGCUAUUGUCAUCUCCCAUCCUGCAGAGGUGACAGUUGAUGACAUGAAAGAGGUUAAGUGGCCUAUUGAGAUCCUUGGAGCUCAGAAUGACACGGUUGCACCACCAAGAUUAGUUUAUCAGUUGGUUCAUGCCUUGCGUCAGAGAACUGAUCAGAUUGCUUAUUUUGCCAAGGUGUUUCAAGGAGUGAACCAUGGCUUUGCUUGCAGAUACAAUGCCAGCAACCCGUUCGAGGUUAAGAAAGCCGAGCAAGCUCUUGCGUUAAUGCUUAACUGGUUUCACAAACACUUGAAAUGAUUGUAGCAAUUCAUGGUUAACAGAUCAGGGCAAUUGUUUUAAUUUGUCCAAAUAAUUAAACUCCCGCUGUUAUAAUAUAAAAAUAGUAUCUUG